CUCUCCUCGUGACGUUUCAGUGUGAAGUUGCUGAUUAACGCGCGAGCUUUUCUCUGUCUGUCGAGUGAGUUUUCCCUCAGCUGAGGCGUCGAAAGAAAAUAAUAAAAAAGGGUUUUUAUUUUCUUUUAUGUCCUGCGAUUAAAGACACAAAUACCGAAACACUGACAUUUUGUCACCGAGAGGAGACUAUGUUGGAGUUAUCAGCGGAGCCAUGCUGAGUUUAUUGUGGUUGGGCUGCUACUUUGCGCUGGUGGCUCUCGCUGCUGGUUUUGAUGCAGAAAAGUGCAGAAAUCUGCCGGUCACGUUAAACAUCGUGUUGCUGGAGGACCAGGACUCACUCUGGAGCCUGAAAUAUGUAGAAGUCGCAGUGGAAAAGGCCAUAGCCAUGGAAAACAAGAAGAAUGCAGAAAGCAUGAACUUUACAAUUAAGGGAAACUUCCGUGGGUUUAACACAACAUAUUACCGACGCAGAGGCUGUGGGAGCAGCACCUGUGAAGGGGUGGAAAUCCUCAAAUCACUGCAUAAUACCAGUAUGGUUGGCUGUGCCAUGCUUGGACCAUCUUGCACAUAUGCCACCUUCCAGUUGGUGGAUCAGGAGGUGGGUUUGACUUUGACUAUACCUAUAAUAUCAGCGGGAAGUUUUGGGCUGUCAUGUGACUACAAGGAGAAGCUGACUCGUCUGCUGCCACCAGCGCGCAAAAUCUCCAACUUCUUCGUCCAUUUCUAUAAUGAAACUUUUUCUGGCCUGAAAAGUCACUGGAGCACAGCCUACAUCUACAAAAAAACUGAGAACUCAGAGGAGUGCUUCUGGUACCUUAACGCGCUGGAAGCGUCGACAGUUCAGUUUUCCAGUCAGAUCAGCAGAAAGGUGCUCCGGAGCAGAGAGGAAAUUAUCCCUGUUCUCUCUGACGCCAACCGGCACAGCAACAUUUUCAUCACAUGUGGAACCCCAGAUGACAUUUUCUCCAUUAAGAACGGGACAAAUGUUAACAAGGACAUUCUCUUCAUCCUUAUAGACAUUUUCAAUAAUGGCUAUCACCUUAAUGAAUCAUCAUAUGACUACAUGAGGGACGUACUAGUGCUGACCAUGCACGAUAUGAGGAACUACACUAUGAUUGAGAACUGGACUGACAAUUCCACUGUUCUUAACGAUUACGUAGCAGGUUACCAUGACGCUGUGCUCCUCUUUAGUAAGGUGAUGAGGAGUAUGUUAGCUCCAGGGAAUGGGGGUUUAGCAAGCACACUCAACAUCACUGGAGACAACCCCUUCAGAAACGUCAGCUUUGAGGGAAUUGGAGGUCAUUAUGUUUUGGAUGAAUAUGGAGACAGAGAUAUGAACUUCUCAUUGAUGUACACAACAAGCACACAUCAGUUUAAGACGUUGUUUGUGUUUGACACCUCCACCAACAAAACCACGCUAAACCACAGUAAUCCUGACCUUCCCUGGCGUGGCUCUCGUCUGCCUGAUGACAAACCUGAAAAUGGCCUGCAGACGCAUGAUAUCAUUGUGAUUGUGCUUGCCAUUAGUGUUGUACUUGUCACUGCUGUUGCUUUGCUCUUCUAUAGACAGAACAGGAAGCAGCGCUACAAGCAGAAGAAAUGGUCUCAUAUAAGCCCAGACCUCAUCAUACCAAUAGACUACAGAGAGACAAACCUCAUCUCUCUCAAAAUUGAUGAGGAUAAGAGGAGAGACAGCACCUAUCAAUUCCGGAGAGGUCGCUACGACAAAAAGCCUGUCAUCCUUAAAGAGCUGCGGCAAACAGAUGGAAAUUUCUCAGAAGACCAGCGCAUUGAACUCAAUUCUCUUCUCCGGGUUGAUUACUAUAACCUGACCAAGUUUUAUGGUACAGUGAAGUAUGACUAUGGAGUGUUUGGCGUGUUUGAAUUCUGCGAGAGAGGUUCCCUCAGGUAUGUCCUCAAUGAUAAAAUCUCGUAUCCAGAAGAGAGUUUUAUGGACCUGGAGUUUAAAAUAUCUGUCAUGUAUGAUAUAGCAAAGGGCAUGUCCUACCUGCAUACCAGCAAUAUAGGGAUGCAUGGGAGGCUCAAGUCUACUAACUGUGUGGUAGACAACCGCAUGGUGGUCAAAAUCACUGACUUUGGCUGCAACACCAUCCUGACACCAGGAAAAGACUUGUGGACAGCUCCAGAGCACAUGCGUGUGCAGGGUACCUCUCAGAAGGGAGAUGUUUACAGUUUUGCCAUCAUUGCUCAGGAGAUUAUGCUGAGAGAGUGUCCUUUCUACAAUGAGAGCUGCACUGAUAUAGCAGAGAAGCUGUACAAGGUUCAGUGUCCAAGUGGUCCCACCAUUUUUAGACCAGAUCUCAACUUUGAGACCGCUGGAGAGAAAGAAGUAGAGGUGUAUGUGCUGAUUAAGAGCUGUUGGGACGAGGAUCCGGAGAAGAGGCCGGACUUUAAGAAGAUUGAGAACAUUUUGGGGAAGAUUUUCAGUAACCUGAAUAACCAGGCCAAUGCUAGCUACAUGGAUAAUCUGAUUCGGCGGCUGCAGAUGUACUCCCGUAACCUGGAGCACCUGGUGGAGGAGAGAACUGCCCUGUACAAGGCAGAAAGAGACCGAGCGGACCAACUCAACUUCAUGCUGCUGCCAGGGCCGGUCGUGCGUUCUCUAAAGGAGACGGGUCGAGUGGAGCCAGAGUUGUUUGAUGAAGUCACCAUCUACUUCAGUGAUAUCGUGGGCUUCACCACAAUCUGCCACCACAGCACACCAAUGGAAGUGGUGGACAUGUUGAAUGACAUGUACAAAAACUUUGACAGCAUUCUUGACAAUCAUGAUGUCUAUAAGGUGGAGACGAUAGGUGAUGCAUAUAUGGUUGCGUCCGGUUUGCCCAGGCGGAAUGGGAACAGGCAUGCGGUAGAUAUUUCUCUCAUGGCUUUGGAUAUUCUGGAGUUUAUGGGAACCUUUCAGCUCCGACACCUUCCAGGAAUACCGCUCUGGAUUCGCAUCGGAGUCCACUCAGGUCCCUGUGCUGCAGGUGUUGUGGGGAAUAAGAUGCCGCGGUACUGCCUGUUUGGAGACACUGUCAACACUGCUUCAAGAAUGGAGUCAACGGGACUGCCUCUGAGAAUCCAUGUGAGCCAGUCCACCAUUAGCAUCCUACAGAGAACAGACUGCCAGUUUGAAUUUGAGAGCAGAGGAGAGACCUACCUGAAGGGUAAAGGAAAGGAGAUGACUUACUGGCUAAAAGGUGUAACAGGAAGGAAGUACAACUUGCCAACCCCACCAACAGCGGAGAAUUUCCAGCGGCUGCAACAGGAUCUGGCUGAGAUGGUAGCGUCCACUUUGGCUGAAAGAGGAAAUGAGAAGAGAAAGACACUCUCCACACGCAUCCGUCGGAGCCAAAGACACGGUAGCGAUGGUCUUCCAGAGUACCUACACCUGGCUGACCCCAGCACUUACCUUUAGCUCACACCCAAAUUCACACAGAUACAAAACCUGACCUACUGCUGCAGGAGUAGGAGACUAUAUACAUCCACAACCCAGCACAGUGCAGAAGGGUUUGCCUACUCUAACUCAUGAUUCAGCUUAAGAAAGGCUUCAUAAAUGGUUAAAUUAACAUAAAAUUUGUAUAGUUUUGAAAUACUAGAAUGAGGUGUUACACCAGGGAAAGUGGCAAAAUGUACAGUGUGUUGGCCCACUGUAGCUGCAAUUCCACAUGCUUUUGCUGGUAAGAUUCACACUUGCAUUCUACAAGUAUGAUAUUGGCAGCUGAAAUUUGAUGAUUUGUUACCAGAUUAGAGAGUCAAAAGUGAUAGACUAAGAGUGGAUUUGGGUUGUGGCAGAACAUCAGCUCUGCUUUCAGUUCAUAUUUCCUGCAUAAAUUUUAUGUUUUAUCUGAGCUACUUUAGACAGUAGAAUUGUAUAAAUUACAUUGAAUCUGAAUAUGUGUAAUUCUGUUGUGUGACAAAGAUGAAAGUGGAGCACUUGAAAUUGCUUGUCUUUGUUACGGUGUUUUAUGUAUUUUAUAGAAAUUCUUAAGUGGUGGAGCUCAAUUGUUGCUCAAAUCGUUGUUAUUUAUUUUUUUAUGGGCUUGAAGGAGCCUAAGCACAGCUUUUUUGGAAUUUGAGCAAUUCAAACACAGGCAACACUAUCCUAUACAAAAAUAACUUCUGACACGUACACAGCAUUGAUUUAAGUCAUUCCCAUUACUUAGAAAAAGGAACGCAGUUUAGACAGUCUGAAACAGAUUCCCAACCCUGGACCUGGUAACUCCACACAAAAUUGGCGUCCCAGGACUGGGAUUGGUAACCCCUGGUCUACAGCAUUGUCUGUGUGUGGGCUUUUUCAGAGUGAAUGGAAGCUGAUUUUUUAAAAUAAAGCUCCCAGUUUGCAUCUGUUUUUUGUCUCAGAUACCAGCUUCAUUUCUGUUGAUUGCUGUCAUAACAAAUGCCAUCACAAAAUGUUGCCUAAUGGAUUGAGAUAAUAAACAUUUGGAUUCAAUAUGCUGGAUUAAUGUUAGAUCACUGUGGUUAAAGUAAUGACAAACUGUGAUUUCUGAAGCUAAUGUUUAACAUAUUUUUACAUCAUAUAUAAAUGAACUGAAACUGAUCAUUGAGUCCCUUACUCCUGUACAUACUAAUAAUAAGAGGCCUUGUAUAAUAAAGAUAUUUGUUUAUUGUAAA